GAAACCCAGUUGAAUAGUUUUUUGUAGGUCUGUGAGGUAACAUUUGGCCAGCAUGUAGUUACAGAACAAACUGUGGAACUGACUGCCACUACAUUGUUUUCACAAGAGACAAAUCAAAUGAUCCACCAAUGAACCAUACAGAUCAACUCUAGAGGUUUUUGUGUACCGCUUACUUGGGACUAAGUUCACACUCUUCAUACUGUUGUUUCACUUACUGGAUAAAAUCUGAACUCUUUCUCUUUUUUGUGAUGAAAUUUGAGAAUGACUGGUCAACAUUUCCAUUUUCUUUGCUGUUUAAACAAGGAGAUUUGUGUUCCAACCAAAAUGAAAAUCAGUCUCCACCCCUUUUAAAGGUUCUUACUACUGCAUCAGUCACAUACCCUGGAAAAGCAGAACAGGAUCAACUAAGAUAUUUUAUACUGUAAAAGGUUAGGAACUACUAAAGAAAGUGCAUUCUGAAAGCCAUUCACCAUCAUGAAGCCCUGCCUUUUUCUCCUGACUAUCACUGGUCUUGUCCCAACUAUCAUUUCCAUCCUGCAAACUGUCCCUCACAAGUAUCACUUGAUCACGACACCAGUGACAUGGUCAACUGCACAAAGUUACUGCAGAGUGAUGUACACUGACCUGGCAACAAUAGAAAGCAAUGAUGACUGGGUAAGGCUAAAUAAAUUAUUAGUAAGCCAAGGUAUAACAGCACCUUUCUGGAUCGGACUCUACAAUGACAUCAACAGUUGGCGCUGGUCCUUUAAUGAAGUUCCACUGCAGAACACCACUUUUAGGAAGUGGGGUCCUGGGGAUCCUGAUAAUAACUAUGGAUAUGAAUCAUGUGGUAUUAUAAACUCCAAUGGAUACUGGUGGGAUACCAAAUGCACUGAUUUGAGACCCUUUAUAUGCUACAAUGGUAAUAACAGUGGUGCUGACAGGUUUGUUGGGGUCACUAGUCCUAUGUUGACCUGGUCUGAAGCUCAGGCUUACUGCCGAAAAUUACACACAGACUUGGCCACUGCGACCAACAGCACAGAGAAUGACCUGUUAAUGAAUGUGGCAUCACAGAUGAGUACUAUUUGUUACUGGAUUGGGCUUUAUAGGGACACUUGGAAGUGGUCAGAUGGGACCAAAUUUUUAAAUCUGCAGUGGACUUCUGGACAGCCAAAUAACUUAAACAAAAAUGAGAACUGUGGACUGCAUUAUACACUAUUUGAAGAUGCUUCAUGCAGCAAUCUGCACAUUUUCAUGUGUCACACCAUACCACCAGUGAGGGAACAGCAGAUAGUGAGGCUGCAGGUGAAGUCUGAUGGAAGUGUGUUAGAUCCUGCUGUCCAGUUAUUCAUUUUGGAACUGAUGAAGCAAAAACUGGUGGAAAAUGGUGUGUUGAACACCACAGUGACCUGGAGAGUGCAGCCAGAUGGAACCAUCUUCCAUAAGAAAAAGAGGGAUGACCUGUAACUUCUCAAAGCAUACCUUGAUGCCAACAAGAUUACAAGCUGACAGAAAUUUAAUUUACACCAUUUAAACUUUUAGUCAGUAGAGUAAAGUCACCCAGUCAGGUUCACUUUUUCAUGCCUAAUGUAAUGAGCAAUAGUAGAGACUGUAGAGCUCAUUUUAAAACUGUAAUUGCAUUAUAUUAUUGUAAACUCUAUAAAAUUGAAUAUGCAUUUUUAAAUCAGACAUUAUUGCUUUAUUUAUAGCAAUAAUAUUAUUAAUAGUAGCAAUUUUAAUGACUCAAUAAUAGAAAUGUCUGGGUAUUUUCUUUGCUUGUUUAUUUGUUUUGCUGUCAUGAGGAAAUUGUUGUUGAUUGUACUAUGCUACUUUCAAGCUAAUGUGAUUCUAUCUUAUUAGUUAUUACUAAUACAUUAUUACAAAUAAAGCAUGGUACAAACUGUCCUCAUGUCUACACUAGCAAUAACUUCAUUAAUGUUAAUAAACAUGCUUUUAAUAACAUCCUACAGUAUAUAUAUACAUACAGUGAGGGAAAAAAUCCAGCCAGAUUUGAUCCCCUGCUGAUUUUGUACGUUUGCCCACUGACAAAGAAAUG